CUUCGUAUAUAAGGUGAUCAAUCUCGUAGUCUAAAAUUCAGUUCACUUCUAACGCGUUUCGAAGCCGGUUUUCGCGAAAGUUUUUAUUCUAUUUGUGACUUCGUGGAAAUAUUGUUUGUUAUUCAAAAUGCGUUUCGCUCUGUUUGCUUUUCUAGCUCUGUGCCUGUUGGCAUUCGUCCUGGCCACUCCGGCCAAGGACACCAAGAAGCCGGCCGCCAACAGUUGCCAGCGAAACUGCGGUGAAGUCUACGAACCCGUUUGCGCCAAGGCCAAGAACAGCAGCAAGGAGCGACUGAUCACCUUCGGCAGCCCGUGCGUCAUGUCCAACUACAACUGCCAGCACGCCGAUGACCCAUUCGAGCAGAAGUCCAAGGGCGAGUGCGGCGGCGGAGUCAGCGUUCGUCUCUCCUAAAGACCCGUGUAGCAGUCCAAUCUUAAUUCGUAUUUACAACUAAACAUCUUUCACUAAUGGUGCAAUAAAAUAUUCAUGUACUUUUUAUUGCAA